CCUUUUAGUGUGAGUCUGCGGGGCCGCUGUACUGUCUGGCUGGGACGGAGGGCUUCAGUGCUAACCUUAUUAAACUCCAAAGAGGCGUUUUCUUUUCUCCUGGAUUGGUCUUUUUAAUUACUUGUCAUCGCAUUUAUCUGCCCGGCACUUCGCACCUUAGUGGAAUCUGUUCCCUGGUCUGUUCGCACACGUUUCAACAGAGCACUGCAGCAGCGACUUGAGCAAGCACGCCGCCGCUACCGCUGUUGUUGUCAGAGAAGAAAACAAGCUCGGCGAGCAGUCCGCUAAGCUGUGUGAUCAUUGACAGAGUUCAAUACACACACGCUUCCAGUGAUAACUGAGGGUAGCUCUGCGAUAGCGUAGCUCCGAGACUUUUCAAAGAAGCGACGGCUGGGACUUCUUCGUUGUCACUGAAGCCGAGGUAUUUCUUUCUUUUUUUUUUUUUAUUAUCUGAGCCACAGUGAGGCACUUGACCAAUAACAACAGCUUGCACAAUUUCCACCAACCUGUCUGCAGCCCCCUCCCUACCCAGACAGUCUUCUGCCCCAGCAUGAAUGAAGUCAGUGUUGUGAGAGAGGGAUGGCUCCACAAGAGAGGUGAAUAUAUUAAGACAUGGCGUCCUCGUUACUUCAUCUUAAAGAGCAAUGGCUCCUUCAUUGGCUACAAAGAGAAGCCCGAGGUGUCCAGUGACCACAACCUCCCACCGCUCAACAACUUCUCUGUCGCAGAGUGUCAGCUGAUGAAGACGGAGCGCCCCAAGCCCAACACGUUUGUCAUUCGGUGUCUGCAGUGGACCUCCGUUAUUGAGCGGACUUUCCAUGUAGACAGCAAUGAGGAGAGGGAGGAAUGGAUGCGAUCGAUCCAGGCGGUAGCAAACAGCCUGAAGAGUCAGCAGCAAGAUGAGGAGCCCAUGGAGAUCAAAUUUGGCUCCCCGAGUGACAGCAGUGGCAUGGAGGACAUGGAGAUUGCUGUGUCCAAAUCCCGCACAAAAGUGACUAUGAGUGACUUUGACUACCUGAAGCUUUUGGGCAAAGGGACAUUUGGUAAAGUGAUCCUGGUGAAGGAGAAGGCAACAGGGAUGUACUAUGCCAUGAAAAUCCUGCGCAAAGAAGUCAUCAUUGCUAAAGAUGAGGUGGCACACACAGUUACAGAGAGCAGAGUUCUCCAAAACACGCGGCAUCCUUUUCUAACGACACUAAAAUAUGCAUUUCAAACACACGACCGGCUAUGCUUCGUGAUGGAGUAUGCAAAUGGAGGAGAACUCUUCUUUCACUUAUCCCGGGACAGAGUAUUCACAGAAGACAGGGCUCGAUUCUACGGUGCAGAAAUAGUGUCAGCACUGGAGUAUCUUCAUUCACGCAAUGUAGUUUACAGGGACCUGAAGCUGGAGAACCUCAUGUUAGACAAGGACGGCCACAUAAAGAUAACAGACUUCGGCUUGUGUAAAGAAGGGAUCACAGACGGCGCCACCAUGAAAACCUUCUGUGGAACCCCGGAGUACUUGGCACCAGAGGUGCUGGAGGACAACGAUUAUGGUCGAGCAGUGGACUGGUGGGGAUUGGGCGUGGUGAUGUAUGAGAUGAUGUGCGGUCGAUUGCCUUUUUACAACCAGGACCACGAGCGCCUCUUUGAGCUUAUCCUAAUGGAGGAGAUCCGCUUCCCCAAGAACCUGGCUCCUGAGGCCAAGGCCCUGCUGGCAGGCCUGCUUAAAAAAGAUCCCAAACAGAGGCUCGGAGGUGGUCCAGACGAUGCCAAAGAAGUGAUGAGCCACAAGUUCUUCACCUCCAUUAACUGGCAGGAUGUCAUUGACAAAAAGCUUAUUCCACCCUUCAAGCCACACGUAACGUCCGAGACGGACACGCGCUACUUUGACGACGAGUUCACAGCACAAUCUAUUACAAUAACUCCUCCAGACAAGUAUGACAGUUUAGACGUAGAGGAUUCAGAUCAGCGUACUCACUUCCCUCAGUUCUCCUACUCUGCCAGCAUACGGGAAUGAUCCCUCAGACUUUUGAAUGAGCAGGCAGGCUGACACACGAUCACAAUCCCACAUACACACUUGCACUGCUGAGGAAAUUUGAACGACACCAACAAUUUGAAAAGAAAAAAAAAAAGUAACAAAAAAAAGGAAAAAGAAAGUGGCACAAGACACAUUUUCAUUCUGUUUUUAACGCACAUGCACACAUACUGGCAAAUCAGACAAGACACAGAUCAUAGUAGUAGGGAAUGAACACACACAGACCCCGAAUGACUGACCUCAGCAGGUUGGUGUGGAUAGACUGGCAGCUUUGUCUCUGUAAGUCCUCUCAGGGCUUGCGUUAGGCUUCCCUGCGGGACCUCUGCUGCAACACAUCAGAGCCUUGACACUUUGAAAACCAGGUUAUGCCAGCAAGUAACACCUCUUUACCAGCUGUUCCAUGCUUCACACACACAAAUAAACACACACCAAAAUCUACCAACUCAUGCACAGACUGCAUAAAUGUACUUGAUAGAGUUUUACAAAACCAGUAUAAUCAAGAUUGGGAAAAUCACAGCAAUUUGAUGAUGGGGAAGACAAAUUUUGAUUUCAUCACUUGUUACGGUUUUAAAUGUAAAGCCAUAUUUCUGCAUUUUUUUUUAAUUUUUUUUUUAACAAGUGCUCUUUCUGGAACUUGCUGUUACAAAUCAAGAGUGGGAUUUUCCCUACAGUUGGGUUAAAGGGGGGCGAUAAGGAAGAGGAGAGGGGUAAGGACGGGUUGCCAUUACUGUUUGCACUGCGUGUGUGUGUGUGCGUGUGUGUGUGUGUGUGUGUGUGUGUGUGUGUGUGUGUGUGUGUGUGUGCAAAUGGUCGAGCAGAUGUGUGAACGUAUGUGCAUGUAGGGUGCAAGAGAAUGUAUGAACAACCAUUUUGAGUCUCAGCCAUCCAUUUGUGUCUGUUGUUAUGCACGAUGUUUUUUUGUUUGUUUUUUUAAACUCGGAACUUUUGCUGGAAUAUGGACAAGAGAGGACACCACAGAGCACACUAAACAGGCUGGGUGUGUUUUUUGUUUUUUUCUUAAGGGAACAGGCAUGUUAUUUAUGAUUGGCUGGCUUACUGCUAAGUUGAAUCAGUCUGGAUUACAAACUGGGAUCGUGUGUAUGGCUCACAUUUGCUUUAAAAUACUGCAUUAAAUUUAUCUUGAUGCAGCAGACAAACUUUUAGCAUCCAAAGUGUGCGACCAGCUUGUAGCCAGUUGAAAGUCUAAGAAAGUUUUCCUUCAGGCUAGCCAAACUUCCAUGUUGAAGCAGUAGGAAUAGAAAGGAAUCCCCCCCAACCUGUCUACAGAGACCAAUCUAGCGGAGAACAGACAUCCACUGUUCUCACUGCCUCACUGAAGAAUUUGGCACCAAUCUUUUAUUUUCAGUCUGUAAUAUCAUUUUUUUUGUGUGUGCUGUUUUGUUUUUUAAUUUAGCCCGUGGGUGUCUCCCCUGUAUUUUGAGAAUGAGCGUUCAAUCAUUGGUUAGAGGCUAAAAUUUGACUGAGUUGUUAAACACUUCACAUGAUUCCACGUUUGAUGUUUAGAGUCUUUGUGUUUUUAGGGUUUUUUUUCUUUUGUUUUUUUUAUUGGUUUGUUUCUUAAAUUCUGUGUUGAAGCACUUAAAUCUGUGUAGCUGUACGUCUGGAGCAACAGUCUGCAGGUUUACAAUCAGACUAAAAGCUGCGUGAGCUGUUUGACCGACCUUCAGCCUGCGAAAGAGGAGGAACUGAUGGAAACGUGAGCGCUGACGUUGAAAUGAUAAAAGCCCUGAACAUGAUAUUGAAAGAGUACUCAAAUUGAUGAACGUGUAUUCCAUAAUGCUGGAAGAGGAUGCUGGUUGCUCUUUGAACUUAACUAAAGGAACAUCGAAACUAUUUUUUUUUUUUUUUUUCGUAUGUCAUCAUUUUUGUUUGUUUGUUGUUGUUUUUUUUCAUCCCCCCCCCCAUCUAUUUCUCAAACCUUUGAAGACACGUUGUCUUGUUUGAGUAUACGUUAUAUAAGAUAUAUAUUAAACUUUUUUUUAAACCACUUUCUUUUAAGUUCUUCAUUUCAAGGGGAUUCCACAUGAGGAUUGCUUUAUGUAGUGAUUUGACUUGCAUUGUCACAUCAGACACAUCAAAAAACGAAUUUAAUCAUUUUAUUAAGCAUAUAAGCUGAUAUUAGAAUAGCUUUAUUGAGGGGAGGCAAAAAACGGAAGUUUGAUUGUUAUGUUUUACUAAAGACAUAUUUGCCCCAAAAUGGGUUAAUUGUGAGCAAGCCAAGAGCAGCACUUGACUGAACUUAGUGUGUAUAUAAAUAUUUUCUGCAACAAAUCAGCAUUCUCUGGGAUAUCCCUCGUGUCAUGUCACAUCUUUAUUUCUUCAAUUUUAAGUUUGUGUGAAUGCUGCGGUGUGACAGAGUGUGCCUCCGAGUGAAAGUGGUGAAAUGGACACGAGAAUCUAAAGGCCCCUGCUCCUCAAAUGAUGAUGAUUAUGUGGUGAUCAAAUGGCUUUGAUUUACAGUUCACAACUCCAGCACCUCUUCUCACUGGCUCAGGCACAGUCGUCAUACUCUAGCCUAGCGUCCUGCGUUUUGGACACAGCAGGAACAGAUAUCAGAACCAUUGCACUGAUGGACUCCACUGUGGAUUUGCCUUCAUUGCUAUCACGGCCAUAAGGGGGUGCUGCUGGACUUCUUUUGAUAUUGGUUGUGAAGCCAUACACUGAACCUCGCUGCUGGCCACGCUUUAAGCAAUGCUUCACAGCUAAACAUGCAAGUUAAUACCCCUGACCUCUCCUGUAGGCUUACACGGGCACAACAAGUGCCUCUUUAUUAUUUUGUAAAUACCAAAAAAAAAAAAAAGGAAAAAGAAGCAGCUAGAUGGGGAAUGCAGCAUUAGUAGAAGGGGAGGCCUGCAGCUUCGUAGUGUUUGAUUUGCAGCUUUACUAUGGUUAUCUUGCUUCUUUGUAUAUUUGAAUGUGAUCAGCAGUCAGGAAUGUCACACCUGAUGCCGGUAUAAAAGAUUUUUUUUCCCCCAUUUUUUUUAUAUAGAUAUUUUUUUGCUUGUUGCUGUUAGUUGAGGCUCAGAGGGCAAUGAAAAAAAAGCAAUCUCUAAGGGGAGGACUUUGUCCUGGAAGGCAUUUCCAGCCCCCUUUUGCAAGACUUUACAAUGUAACGGGUGAUACCUGCUACAGUAUGGUAGCUUAUAACAUUUGCAACUAUAAUGUGCCAGUAAACAUUUUUACUGAA